UUAGCAUGAGGGGAAUAGGUGAGUCACGUGACUGGAGCUCGCUGCCUUCAGUGUGUACCAGGCUGUCAUCAUGGCAUCAGCGGGCAGCGCCUCUUACUUCAGGAGAGCUGGCAUCCUGUGGAUGGCGCUCAUCAGCCUGGCCAUGGGCUUCUUCACAUGGACAGUCUUCUGGCCUACACAAGUCCCGUAUGAGCAGCUGGGACCUAUUGGAUCAUUUGCGCAGUACAUGGUUAAGAACCACUAUGGUACCUUGUAUAAUGGGUUUUGGUUAGCGUGGGCCGUGCAUGCUGCUGAGGCUUUAUACACUGUACGACUUUGCAGCACCAAAGGCAUCACUGACCCUGGAGCUAGAAUGCAGUGGCUAAUGCAAACCUUCCUAUUCGGAAUAGCCUCUCUCUCUCUCCUACUUGCAUACAAGCCAGGGAAGAAAAAAAGAUAACCCAGGAGGAAAGUCUGAACAAGGAUCCAAGGCCAAUGUGCUUCCUGGAACAUUACAUAGUUAACCCUUUACCAGUUUCAGGGACCUGCUAUGUAAAAUCCUGCUACAGUUUUUUUGUUUUUGUUAUAGUUUUUUUUACAUUUUCCAAGUCGGUUGUUCCAAGUUCCAGCAUUAUAAUCUAAGUUUGUGGAAUAAACCACAGUGGUCAUUUUCCUUACAAAGGAAUGGGAAGGAAUCAAUUUAUAGCACAUCAUGUAUGAGCUGAUUCUGGAUUCUAGACAAUAAACUAACGUUUUUGAGGUUUCACAAA